AUGAAAUCAUUCUCUAUCAUAUUAAAACUCCUUCUUUUUUUAUUCAUUCCUCCUUUCUUUCUUUCUUUCUUUCAUUCUUUGCUUCCUUUCUUCAUUCAUUCAUUCAUUCCUUCUUUCUUUUUUCAUUCUUUUUCUUUAUUUCUUUAUUUAUUUAUUUCUUUUUUCUUUUUCUUUCCUUCUUUCUUUCCUUCUUUCUUUCUUUUUCUUUCCUUCUGUCUUUCUUUCUUCAUUAAUUCAUUCUUUCUUUCAUUCAUUUUUCCUUCUUUAUUUCAUUCAUUCAUCCAUUUUUCAUUCAUUCUUUCAUUCUUCCUUUCAUUUUUUCUUCUUUCUUUCUUUAUUUCAUUCAUUAUUUCUUUCAUCCAUUCUUUUUUCUUUCUUUCUUCAUUCCUUCUUUCGUUCAUUCAUUUUCUUUCUUUCUUUCUUUCAUUCAUUGUUUCUUUCUUUCAUUCUUUUUUCAUUCAUUAUUUCUUUCCUUCUUUCAUUGUUUCUUUCUUUCAUUGUUUCUUUCAUUCAUUCUUUCUUUCGUUGCUUCUUUCUUUCAUUCACUCAUUUAUUCAUUCAUUCAUUCUUUCUAAAAUUUCUUUUUCUUUCUUUCUUUCUUUCUUUCUUUCUUUCUUUCUUUCUUUCUUUCUUUCUUUCUUUCACUUCAUACGACAGAUUACCUUUUGUUUCCCUCUCCCUUCACUUUAUAAGCUUCCCUUUUUAUGCUUCAUCUCUUCCACAUCUCUCUCUCUCUGUCUUAAAUGCUUGUUUUCUUUCUUCUCUCUCUUUCCCCUCUUGUGCUCAAUGGGUUGGUUUUGUCCCCCAUUUAUUUCAUACUUCAUUUCACCUGAAAAUCCGAUAAAAAACCAAAAAAAAACUUCAAAUUGGUUACGCUUUUUUCCCACGACUUACAAACGAAUGCCCGUCUCUCUCUAUUCUGUUAAUCGACACCACAACAUUAUAAUUACAUUUUUAUUUUUUCUAAUAUUUUUUAUCUAUCUAUCUAUCUAUCUAUCUAUCUAUCUAUCUAUCUAUCUCCGUAUAUAUUAG